AGUGCUGCGCCCGUCUCUAUCCUGCGCAUGCGCACUUUCACUCUGCGCUUCUCCGUCCUGUGUGUCAAACCGAAAGUAAACUCAGAAAGGAAAAGCGCCGUUAAAUCCAAAACAAAGAGACGAGUUUUGAAGCCUUAAAAACGGUGUGCAGUCAGUUUGUCAUCAUGGAGAACAGAGAGAGAACUUCAUCUCCUGAUCACAGCUGUGUGUCUCUGAAGAGUGACGCAUCCAUGCCGCCUCCUCCUGACCUCAGUGAUGAUCCAGUGACCUCUGACCCCAGGAUCUCCAGGAGGAGGAAGAAGAAGAGCUCUUCAUCUCCUGAUCACAGCUGUGUGUCUCUGAAGAGUGAUGCAUCCAUGGGUCCUCCUCCUGACCUCAGUGAUGAUCCAGUGACCUCUGACCCCAGCAGAGCAGAUGGAGAGCGAAGCAUCUCUGGAGGAGCCUCUGUCUUCUGUCUGAACAACACGAGCGUUACAGCGUCUCUGAAUAAACAUGGUCAACCAGUGAAUGAUGAACUACAGAGAGUCAAAGACCAGCUCAAAACCAGCAUGAAGAACAAGUAUGAGAGAUUAUUUGAGGGACUGAACCUCCAGGAGAAUGAAAGCCUCCUGAACAGCAUCUACACACAGCUCUACAUCAUAGAGGGAGAGAGUGAAGGAGUGAAUGAAGAACAUGAGGUUUUACAGAUGGAGAAAACAGCCAGAACACAACACUCACAAGACACUCCAAUCUACUGCAAUGACAUCUUUAAAGCCUCAGCUGAACCAGGAUGUGAGGAGAAAGACCAGAUCAAGACUGUUCUUACUAAAGGCAUCGCUGGAAUCGGAAAAACCGUCUCUGUGCAGAAGUUCAUUCUGGACUGGGCCGAGGGAAAAGCCAAUCAGGAUGUAGAUUUCAUGUUUGUGCUUCCAUUUCGAGAGCUGAACUUGAUCCGAGAUCAUCAGUACAGUCUUCACAGACUUCUGCUGGACUUUCAUCCUGAACUUCAAGAUCUGGACUCAAAGAUUUAUGAGGAGUGUAAAGUUGUGUUCAUCUUUGAUGGUCUGGAUGAAAGCAGAAUCACACUGAUGUUUUCAGACGCUCAGAAAGUUUGUGAUGUGACUGAGACUUCAUCAGUGGGUGUGUUGAUGUCAAAGCUCAUGAAAGGAGAGCUGCUUCCCUCUGCUCUCAUCUGGAUCACCUCCAGACCAGCAGCAGCCAAUCAGAUCCCCUCCAAAUACAUCAACCGUCUGACAGAAAUUCAGGGAUUCACUGAGCCUCAGAAGGAGGAAUAUUUCAGGAAGAGAAUCAGUGACCAGCAUCAAGCCAGCAGAAUCAUCUCACACAUCAGAAGAGCAAGAAGCCUCCACAUCAUGUGCCACAUCCCCGUCUUCUGCUGGAUCUCAUCCACUGUGCUUCAGAAGCUCCUGGAAGAAGAUCUGAGUGCAGAAAUCCCUCAAACUCUGACUGAAAUGUACAUCCACUUCCUGCUGAUUCAGAUCAACACGAGGAACCAGAAGUAUGAAGAGAGAGAUCCAGAAAAACUCCUGCAGUCCAACAGAGAAGUGAUUGUGAAACUUGCUGAAGUGGCUUUCAAACAGCUGAUGAAGGGCAAUGUGAUGUUCUAUGAGGAGGACCUGAUUGAGAGCGGGAUAGACCUCACUGACGCCUCUGUGUAUUCUGGGAUUUGCACUGAGAUCUUUAAGCAGGAAUCUGUGAUUCAUCAGAGGAAAGUCUACAGCUUCAUUCAUCUGAGCGUUCAGGAGUUUCUCGCUGCUUUCUAUCUGCUUUACUGCUAUUUAACAAAGAAAAAUAAGCCACUGCGUACAUUCAGAUUAUACAGAUCUAAUGGCUCUCUGUAUGAUCUACUAAGAUUUAAAGUCUCUCUUUGUAAUAUACUAAGAUCAGCAGUAGAUAAAGCACUCAAGAGUGAGAAUGGACGUCUGGAUCUGUUCCUGCGGUUCCUGCUGGGCGUCUCACUGGAGUCCAGUCAGAGACUUUUACAGGAUCUACUGACACACACAGAGAACAGCUCAGAGAGCAUCAGAGAAACCACACUGUACAUUAAAGAGAAGAUCAAAGGUGAUGAUGAUUAUGAUGAUGAUUAUGAUGAUGAUGAUAGUUAUCCUCUCUCAGCUGGUCAAUCCAUCAAUCUGUUCCUCUGUCUGCUGGAAGUGAAAGAUCAGACUCUGUCCACAGAGAUUCAGGAGUUUGUGAAAUCAGACAAACACUCAGAGAAACUCUCUCCUGCUCACUGCUCAACAAUCACCUACAUGCUUCAGAUGUCAGACGAGCCGCUGGAGGAGCUGAACACCAUGAAAUACAACACAUCAGAUGAGGGGAGAAGAAGACUGAUACCAGCUGUGAUCAACUGCAGAAAAGCUCUUCUUGCUGGCUGUAAUCUCACUGCUCAGUGUUGUGAGAGUUUGUCAUCAGCUCUACAAUCCUCAAACUCUGUCCCGAGAGAGCUGCAUCUGAGUAACAAUGACCUGCAGGACUCUGGUGUAAAGUUUAUUUCUGAUGGACUGAAGAGUCAAAACUGUAAGCUGCAGAUACUGAGUCUUGCUGGCUGUAAUCUCACUGCUCAGUGUUGUGAGAGUUUGUCAUCAGCUCUACAAUCCUCAAACUCUGUCCUGAGAGAGCUGGAUCUGAGUAACAGUGUUCUGCAGGACUCUGGUGUAAAGUUUAUUUCUGAUGGACUGAAGAGUACAAAUUGUCAGCUGCAGAUUCUGAGUCUUGCUGGCUGUAAUCUCACUGCUCAGUGUUGUGAGAGUUUGUCAUCAGCUCUACAAUCCUCAAACUCUGUCCUGAGAGAGCUGGAUCUGAGUAACAAUGACCUGCAGGACUCUGGUGUAAAGUUUAUUUCUGAUGGACUGAAGAGUACAAAUUGUCAGCUGCAGAUUCUGAGGUUGUCUGGCUGUAUGGUAUCAGAGGAAGGCUGUGGUUAUUUGUCUUCAACUCUGAGUUCAAACCCCUCACACCUGAGAGAGCUGGAUCUGAGCUACAAUCACCCAGGACAAUCAGGAGUCCAGCUGCUCAAACACAAACUGGAGGAUGCAAACUAUAAACUGCAGAUACUCAAUGUGGAUCAUGGAGGAGAGAUCAUGAUGACAGCAGGACUACGAAAGUAUUCCCAUCAGCUCACUCUGGAUCCGAACACAAUGAAUAAACGCCUCCGUCUGUCUGAGAACAACAGAGUGAUUACAAACACUGGCACAGUUCACCAGUAUCCUGAUCAUCCAGACAGAUUUAAUGAUUAUAAUCAUCAGGUGUUGUGUAGAGAGAGUGUGUGUGGACGCUGUUUCUGGGAGAUCGAGUGGAGUGGUAAACUGGAUAUAGCAGUGUCAUAUAAGAGCAUCAGCAGGAAGGGACGAGAUGAGUGUGUGUUUGGAUAUACUGAUCAGUCCUGGGCUUUGUACUGCCAUCAAUCCAGAUACAGAUUCAAACACAAAAAGAUAUGGACUGUUCUCUCUGUAAAGCCCACCAGCAGGAGAACAGGAGAUGAUGAUGAUUUCAGGAGAGUAGGAGUGUAUGUGGAUCACGGUGCAGGAACUCUGUCCUUCUACAGCGUCUCUGACACAAUGAGCCUCAUCCACACAGUCCAGACCACAUUCACUCAGCCGCUCUAUCCUGGGUUUAAUUUUGGUUCUGGAUCAGUGAAACUGUGUUGAGGGAUUAGAAUACACUGACCAGAGAUUCUACCCAUAAUGCUUUGAGCUGCAUGAUAAAUCACUAACAGAUGUUAUAGCAGGGGCGUAGAAUUGGGGGGGGGGUGUCCCUACCAAUAUCCAGCCAUUCCCAAACUGUCCCUAGCAAUAAUUUUGAUCAAAUAAUUAAAUAUAUGUAUUUGUUUUUGUCAUUUCAGAUGCAUCUGAAACAUCAUAUCAUUGAUAUUACCCAACAAGUUAAAGUAAAUACGUUAAAAAAGUCAGUAUAUAUAGAAACUAAAAGUGAUGAUAAAGACAUUUAUCAUGUUACAAACGAUGCUGUUCUUCUGAACUUUCUAUUCAUCUAAAAAACCUGCAAAACUUUUCAAAAUAAUUAUAAUAACUGUUUUUUGAGCAGCAAAUCAGAAUAUUAGAAUGAUUUCUGGAGGAUCAUGUGACUGGAGUAAUGAUGCUAAAAAGUCAGCUUUGAUUGUUCCUGACAAACUGUUUAACUGCACUUGCAAGUGAAUCUCAAGUUAUUUUGUGUGAUAGCUAAAUAUAUUCUUAAUAAACUACUAAAAAAAUAUAUAUAUA